ACGUGACGCGCUCAUAAGUUUCACUUUGUCUGAAGCAUCUGUUUCGUUUAAGGUGAAUGUGACUCUGAAGAAGAGGAGCAGCGCGGAGCAGCAACAUGUCGUUUACAUUUGGUGCAGGAAGUUCCAAUUGUGUUUCGAUCCCCUCCACCACCUCCUCCACCUCCUCCACCUCCACCACCUCCACGAGCCUGUUCAACCUGGGCAUGUCCGACAGCUCAACAGAGAAAGAAACCAAAGAAACCAAGAAGACGCAGGAAUUCAAACACAGAGCUGAGAGGAGACAGGUGCACGGCAUUCUGGAGAACAGUUUUUUAUCAAAGCUUCAGACUCCCUGGAGACGAGUGGAGUGGACGGAGGAAGAGAGGAGCGCCCUGGUGCAAAGGCUGUCCUCUUACGCCCCCUGCUGUCCGGACGUGGGACGGGCGCGUGUCCUCCUUCUGGGACCAGUGGGCUCGGGCAAGUCCAGCUUCAUCAGCUCAGUGGACUCUGUGUUUGAGGGAAGAGUCACCAACAGAGCCAUGGUGGGACAGGGCCAGAGCAGCUUUACACAGAAGUUGCAGUGCUUCCCUCUCUGUCCCUCUAAAAGGACCUGUGCUCUGGAGCUGUGGGACUCCAUGGGCUUUGGAGACUGCAGUGGACCCAAUCUGCAGCAGCUGCUCAGUGUGGUCAAAGGACACGCCCCCGAAGGAUACGAGUUCCGGGCGGAGCAGGCGCUGAGCUCAGACACAGAGGGCUACAUAAAGCGUCCGGGCCUGAGGGAGCAGAUGCACUGUGUGGCUUUUGUCCUGGACGCCUCCAAAGUCCUCACCAGCUCCUACUCCAAAGGCACCGGCGUCUUCCUCCGGCAGCUGCGGCGCCACGUCUCCGACCUGGGAGUUCACCAAGUCGUCCUCCUCACUCAUGUAGAUCAAAUCUGCAACAAAACUCAGAAAGACACUUCAGAGGUUUACACGAGCUCCGUUAUUCGACAAAUGAUGUACAAGGCGGCAGAGCUGGUGGGCAUGUCCCCGUCCUCCGUGGUGCCAGUGAGGAACUACUGGUGUGAGCUAGAGCUGGACCUGAGCUCAGACAUACUGCUGCUGCGAGCACUGGAGCUACUGCUGCAGUACACAGACCUGUACUACAGGGAGCAGCAGAGAGCCACCUCCAAACACGACCUCUGAGCUGCAGUACACAGACCUGUACUACAGGGAGCAGCAGAGAGCCACCUCCAAACACGACCUCUGACCCUGGAGCAGAGAUAAACAUGUGUCUUAUGUGACUCUGGUCUGAAUAAAAAGCAUCAGCUUCAGAUGUAUGACUGAAAAACUGUUUCUUCCUCGUGUCUUUUCUCGUGGGUUAAACUGUCUCUUGUGUCUUUGUGUCUCUUGUCUCUUGUGUCUUUGUGUCUCUUGUGUCUCUUGUCUCUUGUGUCUCUUGUCUCCUGUGUCUUUGUGCUUCGUCUUUACAGUCUCACUUUGUUCUUAGUCACUUAAUUCGUGUAUCUGUGGUCACGUGUGUUUGAGUAUUGUUCAUAAAAGCAGCGCUCUUCUUCUUCUGAGUAAAACAGGUGUUUUAUUUUGUAGACCGGAUGUGACGUCACACUGUUGGCCGCUGACGCACUGAAGUUAGUUUAAAUAAAUAAAUAAAUAAAUAUGC